AGAGAAUAAGAGAAAAAGAAGAAAUAACUUAGUUUCCAUUUUACUGUAAAGUAAGGAAGAUCUCAGUGUGCCUUCUCUGCUACAAUAUCUAUUGAUAUGACCUAUAAACUUCCACUUCUCACAUACAAAGAAUCACCAGUACCUCUCAUUCUCAGCUCCAUUUUCGUGUAACAACAAUAGAAUUUCCUGAAGAAGAAUAUUAAAUAUAGACAUAUAGCUAUAUACUUACAAAAGAUAACAACUUCUGUAAGAAAAAAGAAAUCUUUAAGUGCAAAAAAAUGGGGAGAGGAAGAGUGGAGCUUAAGAGAAUUGAGAACAAGAUUAACAGGCAGGUGACUUUUUCUAAGAGAAGAAAUGGGUUGCUGAAGAAAGCUUAUGAGCUUUCUGUACUAUGUGAUGCUGAGGUUGCUGUUAUCGUCUUCUCUAGCCGUGGCAAACUCUAUGAGUUUGGUAGUGCUGGUAUAAGCAAAACCCUCGAACGAUACCAACGUUGCUGCUUCAAUCCUCAGGACAACAGCUUCGAACGUGAAACACAGAGUUGGUACCAGGAGGUAACAAAGCUGAAAUCAAAAUACGAAUCUCUCCAACGCACACAAAGGAAUUUGCUUGGAGAGGAUCUUGGGCCACUAAGUGUGAAAGAACUGCAAAAUCUUGAGAAACAGCUUGAAGGAGCUCUUGCAUUGGCAAGGCAGAGGAAGACUCAGAUUAUGGUCGAGCAAAUGGAAGAACUUCGCAAAAAGGAACGUCAGCUUGGAGACAUAAACAAGCAACUAAAGCUUAAGCUGGAAACAGAAGGACUAAAUCUGAAAACCAUUCAAGAUUUAUGGGGUUCUAGUGCAGCAGCAACUGCUGCUGGAAAUACCAACUUCCCUCUUCAUCCUUCUCAUGAAAGCCCCAUCAACUGUGAACCCGAACCCUUUUUACAGAUUGGGUACCACCACUAUGUUCCUGCUGAAGGGUCUUCGGGGCCAAACACUAAUAUGGUUGGUGAGACCAACUUCAUCCAUGGAUGGGUCCUUUGAACGCUCAAAGGAAAAGCCAUUAGCAGCAUGCCUUAUAUAUAUAUAUAUAUAUAUAGUCUUCUCUAUUAAUAUUUAUGUGGGAUUUGUAAUAACAUGUUUAAAUGCUUGUAAGGCGUGGAACCCCUGAUGAGGAUUAAGCAGACAUGAUGUUCCAACCAUAUAUUUCACGCAGUAUAAUUAACCGUUUAUUUGACUCCAAUCUUUAAGUGA